CUCAAGCACAGACGGUGUAUGGGUUGUAGGUUUGACGUAUGAGUAUUUUCGAUUCGUUUAAAUAGAGCGACGACAGCAGAUCAUCUUUCAGCUGUGCGGCGGAGCUUGCUUUCUAUAUUGACAUUUCUAUCGGGAACAGUUACACACAAUAGUGGAAGAAGGUUUUUCUCACGAACAUCUGACACAUCAUCGCCUUAGAAAUUAACAAGUUUUUAGUUAAUAGUAGUAAAUACUCCUUUGCCAGGCAGUGAUAUAUUAUGAACAGGCAAAUCUUAACAGAAAUUGAGACCCUUGAAUCAAUCUACAUUCAUGAGUUGGAAAUUUUUGACGAGAAUGAGAAAUUCGUGAAGACUAUCAAAGUAGAUUUAAAGCCGGCAACUGGUGAGGAUACAUCUGCUCAAUGGGUUUGCAUGGAGCUAUGGUUUUACAUCCCAGUUGGGUACCCAGACACCCUUCCAGAGAUAACGAUAAAAAACCCACGUGGCCUGAGCGAUCAACGCCUCCAACAAAUCGAGAAGGAUCUCCAAGACAAUGCGCAAAGCAACAAAGGCAUGAUGAUGCUUUAUCAUCUGAUCGAGGUAGCCAAGGACCACUUGACUAAGGAUAACCUACCUGCCUGUGCUUGUGCUAUAUGCCUUUACGGCUUCGACGAAAACGACGUUUUUGUGAAAACUGCCUGUUUUCAUUAUUUUCAUUCGCAUUGUCUCAGUCGCUACGUCAAUUACCAGUUAGAUGAAAUACGGGAAAAAAAAGAGGAAGCUAAAAAAAAUAAUAGUCCUCUCAAGGAACCACUUAAGUUGGUAUGCCCAAUGUGUCGUCUGGAGAUUCCUGAAGAUAUUGUCUCGGCUAGUACAUAUCCAGAACUUCCACUUCCAUCAGCACAAGCCACCGAUCCCGAAUUUACAGUGACUCCAGAGCUUGAGCAAAUGAGAAAGAAGAUGGCCCGUUUAUAUCUACAACAGAAAGAACGCGGUGGUAUUAUUGAUGUGGAAGGGGAGAAAAAUAAGUUUUUUAUCCAGAUCUCAAAUGGGACCGAAGAGGAAUUAGAACGAUCUCGGCCUACAUCUCAACCCGCUCCAGAAGCAAGACUGCCGCAACAAUCUGCAACUGCUAAGGCUCCUCCAAAGUCCAGAGUGGGAGAAUCUUCCGAUUCUGACUCAGAUUCUGGUGGCCGUGGUGGACGCGGCAGUCGUGGGAGGCGCGGCAAAAGCGGUCGCAUGUACCCCACACCAGCCGAGAAAAAGCGGGCUCAUCUACAAGCACUACAACAGAUGAAACAAAAUGAACAGACAAAAAUUGCAGACAAGUCAACAGAAUCGACGAUGUCAAAUACCACAAGUGGCGCUGCCGGAGGAGCCAGUAACAAAAGCGGUGGACGUCAUCGAGCAACGGCUGGUGGUUGUGCCAAUGGUAUGCGGAAAGCUAGCUGACCAGCGGACCCUAUCGGCCUCGAGCGCUGGCCCGUCAAGGAGUCGCUGCAGCCGAUAAUAAUAAAUCGGGUACGGUUGGAUCAGAACGACAGCAUUAUGAAUAUCACCGGCAUCACAGUGAUCUAAGCAACCAAAUUGCAGGAAUUGUUCGUUCUUCGAGGUUUUUUUGCGCACAAGGAGCUUCAAGCCUUGGGUACUGAGCAUUCUAGGCCUCCCAAUUGUUUCGGUCUCCCCUCGCGCACCGCAUCGACGCAUGAACUUGUGUAUACGAAUAUAGGGCGUUACAACAAGACGUGUCAUUUUGUUGUCAUUAUGUUUGUUUGUUAUUGGGCCGAAUAGAUUGCAUAUAUAGUGCUGUGGUAUAAAGGACGUAAGGUAUUGGCAUUUUGUUUUGUUCAAUUAAUGUUUCAGCUGAACCUUCGAAAAAAGCGAAGGGUUAGACCUAAGAGCACUCUUUUACACAUUUUCUCGAAAUAUAUGAAGGGGCUGUAUUUUCUCACAAUUUGUAAAACGCAGAGGCAAGUAAGCUAGGUGGAGCUGGUAUAAGAGGACUGGUUAGUGUGACAAGUGACGCCAAAAGUUGGAUAGAAGAGAAAUAUCUCUAGAGAGAGAGAGAGAGAGAGAGAGAGAAAGAGAGAGAGUAACAGGGGGAGAAAUAGAUAAAAAAAGCGCCAAAGACGUCUCGUUUCUGUAAAAGUACGGUCAAUGGAAUGACAUGCGUAUUUAUGUUGUAUUAGCGAUGGCGCGAAAAAGACGGGCCCGUCAUUGCAAACCAUAGUGUCACCUAUAAACAUGUACGCCACCACCGAAAAGCAACGAUUCAAGAUUGGCUUAGAAUUAACCAACACUUUUUUUCAUAAGAUGAACAUACCACUACUAAAUUAUAUGACCAUAUAUAUAUAUAUAUAUAUAUAUAGAGGUGUGCUUCUAAUUAAUAUGCAAAAAUCCAAUAAGCGUAACAGC